AAUAAAGAUAGAUAGAGAAAGAGAGAAAGGGAAAGAGAAUGAGGUGGGGUACUCUGAACAGAGUACACUUAGUGGUUUCGAAGGCUCAUACCGAGUACAGCACAACCAGUCAAGUUGAAACCGCGAGAGAGCUGCGAUACUAACUCGCAAUUCUCAACUCUCAUAUUUUUUUUGUUCUUUAUCUUGUCAUCUUCGAAAUAUCAUUUUUUUUUUUUUUUUUUUUUUUUCAAAAAAUCUCUUUCCUUCCCCCCCCCCCUCCUUUUCAUAUUUUCUUUCAUUCAUUCUGAAUAAGUAAGUGGGGUGCAUCAUCCGGGGGGUUGGUUACCAAGUGACACCAAAACAACAAGUUUUUAUUCUCUGCCAAAUUUUUGUAUUGUUUCAUUUAUGUCGAGUGUGAUUCUGAUGUUUGAAAUGGCGGUGAAGAGUCAUGUAGAAGGGGUUAGCCAACAGGGUUGGGUGGGGAGGGACGUUGCCCCACCUUUCUCAUUCGACUUUGACAGUUCCAUUAUGGUAUCGAAGCUAACGGCAAACAGUACGUACCUAUGUACAACGACAACGACGACAGGUAGUCGUGUCUCGAUCGUGAAUCAGUUUGUGCUUCUUGAUAUAUACAUACAUCAAGGUCUGUUGGGGAUACCGAAAUGUAUCUGAACUGAACAAGACAAUUUCCGAUGUAUGACGAUAGAAACCAAAGAGAAAAAAAAAAAGAAAAAAAACUGUGAUAUCGAAAAAAGAACUGUGACGAUAAAAAGGACGAUGUGAAGAAUGGUGAAAAGUAAGGAAAAAGUAGAAGCAGAAGAAGAAGAAGAAGAAGGGAUAAAAAGAAGAAAUAAUAUAAGUGAAUUUAGUUGUGCUGUGAAAUAGUGAAAAAGAGAUUGAUAUUAUCAUGUUCACUAUGGUAGAACCACGAGACAGCAACGAUAGGCUGUCUGGCUGUUCGCCACAAACUCAGCAUCAUUGUUAUCAAGUGAUUAGAACAACAAGGGUACAUCACAGCUCACGAAGUUCCAGGAUGGUCAGCGUACAGGAAAAAGUUAUCAGAUCGCGCCUACAGUUAGGCUACUCUACACCCACGUCCUUCAUUAAUCGUUUUCCACAAAAGAUGGAACGUCCAUCGCAUAGUUCGAACGUUAAUCAAAUGCAUGGUGGAAAUGUGCACGGUGUUUAUUCAUCAGGAAGUCAGACCAGUCUCUCAACAUCCUACGUCACUGGACAAUCUUACAUGCAGGGUCAAAAUUAUGCACAUGGUGCAUACUCAUCGCCCAAUGUACACACAGGUUAUCCGCAUACCACCUAUUCUCAACCACAAAGUUAUGGUACUAUGGUACAGGGAUACGGUGGACAACCCCAAAUGGCUUACCAACAAAAUCAUCUUAAAAAAGGGACCGUAAGAAACGGUGAUGUCUUGAAGAGAUGCAGACUUCAAACUGCGUAUGAACUCUCUCAGGAUCUUCUUGACAAACAAAUCGAGAUGUUGGAACGAAAGUAUGGAGGUGUUAAGGCAAGGAAUGCAGCAUUGACGAUUCAACGUGCGUUUAGAAGGUACACGUUGUUGAAAAAGUUUGCCGCAAUAACGGCAAUGGCAAAAGCUGAGAAAAGAUUGAGUAGAAAACUACAAGAACCAAUUGAUCGUCCAAUUAAUGCGAAUGAUCACGAAAGGAUGGCCUAUCAUAGUCAGAUAUAUAUACAACAAACACAAACAGCAAAUAGGCCGAUGCCUAUCAGGAGUAUGUCGCUUAGGGAGAGGAGACACGUCGAUAAUUCACAAUCACCGAUACCCAGAAGUCAAAGUGGAAGGUGUGAGAUUCAAAUAGGUAGUGGACAUCAACACGGAAAUCAUAGUUUGCAUCAAAGUGGUAGACAUACACCAUCGUUAGCACCUAGUCCGUGCAACAGACAUCAGCCUUUACCACCUAGCCCUUGCUGGGAAUCGAGCUCUCAAGAGAGUGGCUCCAGUAUCCAUUACUACAAUCCACAGGAUACCUUGUGUGGUCUUAGACAAGAUACACCCCCUAGAGAUUUACUUCGAACACCAUGCACUUCUCCGUCUGGGCCACACAAUCUUCAGACCCCGAUAACGCAGAACUGGAACAACUCGAGCCAACUUAGCUCUGCCGGUAGAUCCAGGGGUUCCGGUAAGAAAGUUCCACCGGAAGUUCCAAAAAGAACGUCUUCCAUCACGUCGAGAUCAAUGGAACCGCGUCACAAUGGUCUGAGCAAAAGCGUAGAAAACGGUAGCCUGAGCUCAGUCCAAAGUUCCGGUAGCGACUCCACCAACUGUGAGAGUUCCGAGGGUGACGCUCAGAGAGGGUCACCGGUAUGGAAACACAAAGGAAUCUCGAGUUCACCUGAACAUCAAGAUUGUGCAAGUCAUACCACGGACACUGGGACGAUAAUAAAUAGCGUUAAAGAUCUGAGUCAUUCGCAUGCUAGUUCAAGUUAUCAAUUACCUUUAAUGGACCAUGCCGAUUCGUUACCACAAACAAGUUACAAAGUAUCCGAGACUGUGAGGAAACGUCAAUAUAGGGUUGGAUUAAAUCUUUUCAAUAAAAAGCCCGAAAGAGGAAUAAGCUAUUUGAUAAGACGAGGAUUUCUCGAGAACAGUCCACAAGGAGUAGCGAGGUUUCUCAUUAGUAGAAAGGGAUUAUCUAAACAAAUGAUCGGGGAAUACCUUGGGAAUUUACAAAAUACCUUUAACAUGGCGGUAUUAGAAUGCUUCUCUCAGGAAUUAGAUUUAUCGGGUAUGCAAGUAGACGUUGCAUUGCGAAAAUUCCAAGCGUACUUUAGAAUGCCAGGAGAGGCACAGAAGAUCGAACGAUUAAUGGAAGUUUUCAGUCAACGUUACUGCCAAUGCAAUCCCGAUGUUGUAUCGAGAUUACGAUCGGCGGAUACAGUAUUUGUUUUAGCCUUUGCUAUAAUCAUGCUAAAUACAGAUUUACAUACGCCAAAUCUUAAACCGGAACGUAGAAUGAGACUUGAUGAUUUCGUUAAGAAUCUCAGGGGUAUUGAUGAUUGUGGUGACAUUGAUAAAGACAUACUCGUUGGCAUUUACGAGAGAGUCAAGGACAACGAAUUUAAACCAGGAUCGGAUCACGUAUCCCAAGUUAUGAAAGUCCAAGCUACGAUAGUUGGGAAGAAACCAAAUAUGGCCCUACCGCAUAGAAGAUUGGUCUGUUACUGUAGACUAUACGAGAUACCGGAUAUUUACAAAAAAGAAAGACCCGGGGUUCAUCAGAGAGAGGUUUUCCUUUUUAACGAUUUACUCGUAGUUACGAAAAUUUUGAGCAAGAAAAAGAACAGCGUCACUUACACCUUCAGACAAAGUUUCCCGCUUUGCGGUAUAAUCGUAACGUUAUUCGAGGUUCCUCACUAUCCAUACGGAAUAAGAUUAUCUCAACGAGUUGAUAGUAAAAUCUUAGUCACAUUCAAUGCAAGGAACGAACACGAUAGAUGUAAAUUUGUGGAAGAUCUUCGUGAGUCUAUCAGCGAAAUGGAUGAAAUGGAAACAUUGAGGAUCGAAACGGAAUUAGAACGACAAAAGAGUAGUAGAGGUGCGAGAGGUGGCGCAGAGAACAGAGAUUCUGGUGUAGCUGACGUUGAAGUGUGUCCUUGUCCAGGACCAUGUUCCGAAAGAUCAGAAACCGUUGACAUGGAUUCACAAUUGAAACGAUCUGCAUUAAGUAACUCGUUACUUGAUAUACACGAACAAUUCGCUGGUGAGAAACCGCAACGUCGUGGGAGCGUAGGCUCGUUAGAUAGCGGUAUGUCAAUUUCUUUUCAAUCCACUUCUGCCAGUUCUAUGAGCCAGGGAAUCAAACAUCCCGGACAACAAGUUCAUCCUGUACACUCGGGUACUACGAUUCCUGGUGUUAGCAAAGGCCUCACUCAGCAUCCAUCUUUUUUAGGCGGCCUCUUUGCUAAACGCGAACGAAAGUUAUCACAAUCAGAAGAUUCCACUCCUUAUAGUCGUACUACGGAAGUAUAAUGUAUCCUUCCAAUAGUAUUUAAGAUACGCAAACGAACUAUGUUCAAUUUUAUUUUAGUACGCUUUGUGCAAAUAUUGAACUGUCAUAAAUACUUACUGAAAUACGACCAUUUGAACGAAAAUAUAAUUUUCUCAAAUAUAUAUUUUUCAAAUUAAAACAUACAAAUUAUAAUAUAAAGAUAUUAUCUUUAUAUUUCUUUCUCAUUAAUUUGAUUUAUAUCAAUUGUUUAUGUUUUAUCGUAUCAAUCACGCGAUUUAUGUUUCUCUGUAAUAUAAUAUUAUAAUCGGAAUAUACAUGGCACUUCACAAUUGUAUAAACAUACGAGCACUAUUUUAUAUUAUCACAUUGUUAUAUACAUACGUAUUAUAUAAAUAAUAUUCCUUCAAUUCCGACAUUUAAAGUAACUACCUUGAAGUAAAAUUUGUAUUAAUGCGAUCGGAAGUUACAGUGUUGGUCCUAAGUUUCUCGUUGAUUUUAAAGAUUAAUUAUUCUUCCUUGAGACCCCAUUAAGGCUAAUUUUUGUUAAUCAAUUGUAAAACAACAAAGCCUAAAUAUAAUUCUACAAAAUUUCCCAAAAAAGAAUAAUUAAUUUUUUAAAUCAUUUAGGAAAAUCUCGGCUUAUCCUUUAUUUCAAAUUAUCCUUAAGAAAAAUAUAUAAUAUAUUAUUUAAAAAGAUUUGUAUUUUUUUUUUUUUUUAACGACGACAGUUUAUAUUGCGAAGCGCACUAAAAAAUUGACAAAUGAGAUGAUAAAUACCCUAAUACUGAAAAGAAAAAAGAUGAAAAACAACACGUCGAUAUAUUAAAUUUAUUGGAUUGGGCAGGAUCCAAUCAUCGUGAUCGCUUGGACGUUCUCGGAGAAAUUUAAAUAAAACAAAAAAAAAAAGAUCCCUUUAUCGAAAUGUGUGUACAGUAUUUAUUUGCCCUAAUAUCUAACUUGGGGUCUUUUUUUCUUUCAUAUAUGAUAUUUAUAAUAUGAGGAAAGAAUGUUGUGCGUGUGUGUGUGUGUGUAUGUAUGUGUGAUGAACGAUCCAUUUAUAUUGUAGAUAAUCAUUACAUUCUUACACCAAGUGCAGCAUACGUAAAUACGUCAUUAUCAUCAAAUUUAAAAAAA